UUUCGUCCAGCAGGCCUCGAUCGAAAUUUCGACUACGAAGCAAGAAAUUUUAAAUUAGCGAUUCAUGUAACGGCAUUACGGUACACAAAAUUGUCAAAAUUCCAUUUUCAUUAAAAGUUUUGGCUAAUGUUUUGGUCCUCCCUAUUAAGGGGCUUCAGCUCACGCCAGAGCGGCUCCUCGAAUAAGCCCCCAAAGCCUCCAAGUCCACCGAAGCCGCCAUCGUCACCACCUGCACCAAAGCCUCCUUCUGCCAAGCGAGAAUGCAAAGUCCGGACGCACUGCGUUCCGGCCGCCUUCUGCGCCGAACGGGAUAAGUUCAAGUCGAUGUGGGAUCCGCCGAAGAACCUGCCUCCGCCGUAUCCCUUCGUGGUCAGCCGAUCCAAUGAGUUGUGCUGCGAACCCAACUGCACCAAGCCACUGCCCUCGUUCGACGAGAUGUAUUACCGACCCUCCUGCAAGGACGGUCCCUACCAGCGCCACUGGGUGGAGUGUCCCAAGUUCAUGAUCCGCAAGAAGAUAAUCUGCGCCUACGACAAGCUGGAGGCUCUGAGCCCCGCCCGUCGGGUGGCCAAGAGGCGCGAGCGGACAACGCUCAGCGCCGCAGCCACAGGACCCUGCCCCCAUUUUGCUCCCUUGGCACGCUGCGUGCCAGGACGUCGUCCGCCCAGAUGCCACGCGGCCAAGACGCCCUCCUGCUGCCGCAGGCUGUGUGCCCCUAUGCCCUGCUGGUCGGAUUGUAAGCAGCCCAAGCUGGCCAAGCGACCAUUUCGACCUCGGGAGUGCGAGUGCCGAUUCCCUCUGAGCCUCUGCGAAGCGGAGCGAGGUCGCCAGUGGGUCAAAAUUCAUGGUGAGAACCACGUCUGUCCCAGUGCCAUAAAGAAGGCCAAGAAGGCGAGGAAAGCCAUGCUCGAGAAAAUGAAAAAUGAUAAGAGAAAGAAGGAUAAGGGCAAGGGUAAAAAGAAGGAUAAGGACAACGAUAAAAAUAAAAAAUAA